GUUGCAAAUGCGUGCCCGUCAGGGUGCCCGUGACCCAGACCCACUCACGGGAGAGCGGGUGCUGGUGUCGUCGGCUGGCAAUCACCAUGUUGAAUGACAAAUUCGUAGCCUUUCCUUCCUCCCCGUCGAGAAGCACGGCGGCAGAGGAUAUCGCCGUAGCCGAGGAGGACAUAAUACUCCAGGGACAGCAGGGUAUACCACCCGCAGGAGGUCCAAAGCACGAUGAUGGUAGUCCUGUUGCUGAAGCCGAAUGUCCGCCUUCUCGGUGGGUAAUGGUGGAGCCUUGGAGCUCGCUGCUGUUACUGUCCGACCAUGUCCGUGAGGGGAGGGAUGACGAGAUUCUCCAGGACCGCAAGCUGGCAGAGGCGCUGGUAGGUAGUCGGGAAGAACAAGAGGCAAUUCUUCAGGACGUGCCGCGGACGCGAACGGACUCGCCGGUGUUUGGGGACGAGAAAGCGCGACAGUGGCUCCAGCGAAGCGUCUCCCUGUACUGCAGGGAGAGGGGCUUGAAGUACUCUCAGGGCCUUACCCACCUGGCGGCACCAUGGGCACUGAUCACAGACCCUCCCUGCCUCAACGGCUUCAGCUACAGGUGCUUCCGCUCUUUCGUGGACCGGUUUGCGCCGAACAUUUUUUCGACAGCUCAAGAAGAGACCGGCGGCGGGACCACGCUUGUGGUCCUCGAGGCACACCUGGUGCUACUGGAGCAGCUCCUGCGGUUCCACGACCCCGCUCUCGCGGCGCACAUGGACAAGUGUUUUGUGUCGCCAGCUGCCUACGCGACCCCAUGGUUUGUCACCCUCUUCGCGAGCCAGACGCCAGCCCCCGCCCUCCUCCACCUGUGGCGACUCAUGCUGGAGUACGGCGACCCCGUGCUGCACCAGUUCUUGUCGCUGGCGUGGCUCGUGAGCAAUCGCCUCGUCCUCAUGGAGACCCCGCCUGACGACAUGCCGGCGACGGUCUCCGGGCUGCGGCUGCGGUCCGCCGGGGUUGUGGACGACGUCUUCCGCGCCGCCGUGGCGCUGAGGGAGUCGACGCCGCGCCUGUUCUGCGACGUGCUGAGGAGGGCGUGCUUUGCCGAAGACCGGGAGGGCGAUGGCGGUGGUUCGUGCGAGGGACCGGGGGCGCCCGCCGGAGGGAGGCAGCAAUCAGGACCCCCCGCAGGGGGACCGGCGGCGGAGCCGAGGGUUUCUUUGCUGCAAGGGUUGAGGGCGGAGGAGGUUCUCUCCGUGGACGCCGACCAAGUAGCCGAGAUCCUCCUCGCAGGCCCGUCGUCAACAGCCGUCCCCGCCGCCGCCGCUCCCACGUCGCCGGCAACCGGGGACGAUGGCUGGCGUUCGGGGUCGCGUAAAUUCGGCGGAACGUUUGUCCUUGUCGACUGUCGGCCCCCGGCGCCGGAGAGUGAAGGCCCCGCAGGCGGCGGCAUGCGCGCUGGCGGGGAGCCCGCGGGCGACGGUCGCGUAAUCUGGCGCCGUGUACACCCGGCGGAGAGCUUCGGCAGGGAGGCGGUCGCGGUCGCUGAGGUCCUCCGGGAGGUAGAGGCUGGAGAAGACGCGCUACACGGCGAGAGAAGCGGCGCUCCUUGCCACAAGGAGGCGGUUGAAGGGGCGGCUCCCGCCCACGACAUCGUAGGAAUGUCCGUCGUCUCCGGUAGUAGCAGCGUCGUCGCCGCUCCCUACGGGAAUGUUGGCGGCGGUGCCGCAGGGAACGGGCUGGUCCACCCGACGCGCAUUUGCGGCCAUGCCGUGAGCGGGGGAGGCAUCAGGAUCGGCGAGGUGAAACACCCUGUCGGGACUUCUACUACUCACGUGUGCUUCAUUGGUUGCGGUGGGCGUGGGGGCAGCGGCGGCGACGGCGGCGGACGCUUUACCUCCUUUGCGACAGCUGCGGCUGAGGCGGCAGCCCCCGAGUUCCGGCUCGCGCGCGAGGCGUCUCGCUCGUGCCUGACACCCCGCGUGUGCGUGCUGCAGGGCGGCUUCGCCGCCCUGGACGGGGCGAUGUUGUCUCGCGGGCGUUCCUCCGAAAACGGGCGGGGCGUCCCCGAGGUCGGUGCAGCAAAGUGCUCCGUCGCUGCCGAGGAAUGUCCUCCCUUCCGGGCCGCUGCUCCCGACGCUGUAGGGGCAUCGGCAAAUGGCAGCUCAGAGGAGGGGGGCACAGGCGCGGACGAGUCUUCUGGCGCCAGAGGAGGAGGAGGAGGAGAAGGAGGAGGGAUCCCGGCGGAAGGGGACGCUGAAAAGUUGGUUUCGACGACGACCCAAGCGGCGGGGGGGGGUUCGCCACCGAGCUCUGCAAGCCCACGGGGGGGCACGGGCGGGGGGAACCCCACCCCCCCGCCACAAAUCCCGCCGUUCUCCCAGGGGUUGGAGAGGAAGGCAAGCAGGCUCGCGGAAAACAGCAAAAUCAGCGAGCCCUUCCGGGUGUACGCUGCCAGGAGCGCGGACGAGAUGGGGCGAGCGCUCCGGAGCUUGCCCUUGACGGCCAGCAAGCCGUUGGAGGACGCGGCUCGUGUUUGCAACUCCCUCUUGAGAACCAACGCCCGAGCUCUGGGUGACAGCCGUUUAUCGCUUUCGCGGUCUGUCACCCAGCUGGAGCUGUUGAACGCUCGCAUGGACGGUACCGCCAGAGGUUUCGCAAAAUCCUUCGGUGCGGGUUUGCAUCGCGCGAAGGGGGGGGGCACCUAGGUGGGGGGGNGGGGGGGGGGGGGGGGGGGGGGGGGGGGGGGGGGGGGGGGGGGGGGGGGGGGGGUUGCGUCGACGGUGUAGUGGUUCCUCGCUCAGACAAAAGGAUGAAGAAUUUUAACAGUUUUGUUCGCUUGGGGCCGGACAUUGCGACGUCAAGCGUUGUAGCAGAGUCUUGACAGCUCGCAAGUUCUUUGUCGGGGCUGGGUAGGUUCGUCGGCGGGCUGCUGUGCUUUCGUACGUGCGCGAUCCGCUGUUUUUCCGUCGUGUACCCGUGGGCAGUAUUUUGCCCGCCGAAGAAGGUGUGUAGAGGCCACUGAUUCCGCCGCCGCUUAGCAAUACAGUACCAGUAUAAGCCUGAUAUUUAAGUUAUGUGCGUAGCUUUUCGCAAUGGCUGCCCUUUGAAUGAUCGUUUGUUGGUGGGCUGCUGUCCGGCGGUUUAUCCCUCCCCAAAGGUGGGGUGCAGGUGCAUGUUUCCCGGUGUGUGGUGGGCGAAUCGAAAGGCGGGUGCGGACUUGCUUGUCGAAGAGAUAAUACUGUACGAAGGUAUUUUUAGAAAACUUGGCUGAUGCCCCUCCACCUCUCGCGGGAAUUGUUUUGAUUAAAUUACACGGGAAUCGUCGGGGAGGGGGGGG